UUGGUCCAAAAAUAUACGAAACAACCGUUCGUAAAGAACGUUUUAAUGUUUGGAUUCUUUUUUUUAAACCCAUCGAUUGAUACUCCUCAUUAGACAUGUAAUCGGGUAAUAAUUUCCACUUGGAUGAGAUAUGAUGAUUAAUUGAAUUGAAAUGAAUCCAAAAUGAAUACAACAAUCAUUCAGCCGUUAUGGAUUUUUGCAUUGGCCAUCAUAUUCAUUGCAUCGACUGCUCAUUUUGGUUAUAAUUUUUUAUUAUCCGAAGAAUUAUAUCUAAAAACUGGUGAUGAUGAAAUAAAUGAUGAUGAUUCAUGGAUUAAACAAACAUUAUCGAUGCCAACUGAACCAACAGCCAGUAAUAAUCGUGAUAAUGGUCAAAAUGAACGAAUGUUCAAUUAUGAUUAUAGUAUUUAUAUUAAUCUACAAGAUUAUUGUGAUCAAACAUUGGCAACUAGUCGUCCCAAAUUCAAUAAAUUUGUGUUAUUUAUAAUCGAUGCAUUACGUGUAGACUUUGUAAAAUCAAUCAUUGGUGAAGAGCAACGUAAACAAUCACCACAUCAACAAUCAAUUGAUCCAUUAUUACCUUAUACGGAAAAAGUGAUGCAAACAAAUGGUAUCGGUAUGAUAAGUGUUGCUACAAUACCGACUGUAACAUUACCUCGAAUAAAGGCUUUGAUCACUGGCACAUUACCAUCAUUUAUGGAUUAUUUUCUUAAUCUUAUUCCAAUGGUUUCAAAUAAUAAUGUUGAUGUGGAAAAGAAAACAAAAAAACAAUUUGAUGAUAAUAUUGUCGAACAAUUUAAUCGACAAGGUAAAUCUAUCGUUUUUUAUGGCGAUGAUACAUGGAAAGAAAUUUUUCCAUCAUCAAAUAAAAUAUUUAAAAGAAUAAAUGUAACAUCAUCAUUAUUUGCAACAGAUUAUACUGAAGUUGAUUCAAAUGUUACAUAUAAUCUUAAUCGUGAAUUAAAAUCACUAAAUGAUUGGGAUGUUAUGAUAUUACAUUAUUUAGGUGUUGAUCAUAUUGGCCAUCUUCGUGGUUUUCAUUCGGAAUUAUUUUCCGAUAAAUUUUAUGAAAUGGAUAAUGUAUUUCGAAAUAUAUUUGAUACAAUAACCUAUUCAGGAUCAUCAAAUGAUUCAUAUCUUAUUGUAAUAACUGGUGAUCAUGGUAUGACUGAUGCCGGUAAUCAUGGUGGCCAUACAAACGAUGAAACAAAUACAGCUUUGAUAUUUAUCAGUACAAAUAAAAUUCAUUAUAUACCUCAACAAUCGAAAACAGCAUUCAAAAAUGAUAUUGACAAUAAGAUUGUUAUUUUUCAAUUAGAUUUUGCCGCUACAAUUACCGUAUUAUUUGGUCUUAAACUUCCUCGUAAAAAUCAAGGUAGAAUUAUAUCAUCCGUAUUGGAACGAUUCAACAUUCCGAAUGAUGAACAUCUUUGUCAUCUAUUUCGUAAUGCAUUACAAACACAAAAAUUAUUAUUAUUCAAAGAUCAUAAAGAAACAAAAUCACGAUCAUUAUUACGUAAACAAUUUAUUACUGCAUUGAAAUAUCAUUGGAAUUUUAUUAAUGAACAAAAUCGAACCAAAACUAAAAAUAUCGAUAAUGAUGAUGAUGAUAAAAGUGAACAGAAAAUUUAUGAAGAUGCAAAAAAAUCUUAUCAACAAUUUAUUGGACAAAUUCAACAUGAAUUUGUUUAUCAAACAAUUGAUCGUUCAUUUUGGUCAUCAUUGAUCGGUGCCAUUAUGAUAACAGUGAUUAUUGUAUUCAUUUUAUUAUACAUUGAAAUUGUUUACAAUUAUUCAUCAUCGAUUAUAAUUGUUCAUCUUCUUAAACCUUCAUCAUCAUCAUCAUCAUCAUCAUCAUUACGAUUAUUAUCGUUAUUAAUUUUAUUAAUAUUUUCGAUACGUUUCUGUUCACUUGGUUCUAUUAAUUUUAUUCUCAACGAACAUUUAUUCUGGUAUUAUUCAACAUUAUUAUUGCUGUUGAUUAAUUUAUUUAUUGUUGUCAAAAAUAAUAUUCAUCUAAACAACAAUCAACAAUCAAAUUAUUGUCAUUAUAAUCGUAAUUUUAAUGAUCUAGUCAUUAUAAAAUUUUUAUGUUUGAUUACAAUAUUCAUUAUAUUGAUGUAUUGGCGUAUGCCAAUAUUAACCGAUCAAGAUUUAAAUCGUAAUGAUAUUAGUAAUUAUUUACAAUUGUCAUCAAAUAAACAUUUAUUAAGUUCUUUAGUAAUAUUUGCAUUGAUCAUUACGGCUGCAAUGAUUUAUAAUCAAACAUCAUCAUCAAAAUCAUCAUAUUAUUUUCUUAUUACAUCGUUUAUUUUAAUCUAUUUAUAUCGUAGCUAUAUGAAUCAGGAAAUAUCCGAAUUUUUGUCCACAAAUUAUCUAUUUAUUUAUAUUGUUCAUCAUAUUUGAUUGUAUUAAUCGAAAAUUUCAACUAUAUAAAUUUUUAUCAAUUUUAUCAUGGAUUGUUUCGAAUUCGGAAAAUAAUUCUAUAGUUAAAGGUAUAUGU